AUGAGUGAUCCAGAACCCUGCAGAAUGGAACAAGAAGAUACUGAAGAACAAAGGAAAUACUCUGGAGAGAAGCCACACACAUGUGAUCAGUGUGGGAAGAGUUUUGCACUAAAAGGAGGCCUUAGGGUACACAAGAAAAUCCAUACUGGAGAGAAGCCGCACACAUGUGAUCAGUGCGGGAAGAGUUUUGUACAAAAAGGACAGCUCAAGGAACACAUUAAAAUCCACACAGGAGAGAAGCCACACACAUGUGAUCAGUGUGGUAAGAGUUUUGCAUAUGCCAUCUCUCUUAAAAUACAUCUGCGUUCUCACUCUGGAGAAAGAACAUUUUACUGUGAUCAGUGUGGGAAAAUGUUUGUUUCAGAAUUACAUUUAAAGAGCCACCGGAAAGUUCAUACAGAGGAGAAGCCUCACAUGUGUUCUUUGUGCGGAAAGAGUUUUAGAGAGCUGAGUGUUCUUAAAGUACACCUGAAAAGACACAGAGGUGUAAAGGAUCACAUGUGCUUUGAUUGUGGGAAAACUUUUACUACACUCACUGAACUGAAACUGCACAAGAGAAUUCACAGUGAAGAAAAACCUUACAAGUGUUCACAAUGUGACAAGAGAUUCAAAUCGUCAGAAUAUCUGAAAUCACAUGAGAGGACCCACAGCGGAGAAAAACCUUACAAGUGUUCACACUGUGACAUGAGAUUUGGUUGGAAAGGAAAUAUGAAUACACAUGAGAGGAUCCAUCAUGGAAGAAGGCCCUCUCGUCUAAUCAGUUAA